AUGGCUCUCUUUCUCAGGCGCCUUGUGAAACCUGCGUUGGUGAGAAGAUCCUCCUCUGUUUCUCUUGUUAUCUCUAACGGCUUCUCAACUUCGUUGCGGCAAACCCCUCCUUGUUCCGUCAUCGGCGCUAGACCUCGUGGAGAAGAUGAGGGAGGACUCAUAGUUGCCUAUGCAAAUGAACAUGUCUGGACUGAAAUGGACAAGAUUGUACGUCUGGAGUUGGUGUGUAACGGUAUUAAUCAUGGAAAAAUGCAAACGAUCGGGGCAUCUCAUGGGUGGGUAGCUACUCUGAAGGAAGAUGGAAUCCUGCGUCUACAAGAUGAUCUCAACCCUGUUGCAUCUGAUACCGAUCCUAAACGUAUCCCUCUGCCUCCUCUCGUGACUCUACCUCAUUGCCAAACCCAAAUCAUCACCAAUGUUUCAAUGUCAUCAUCUUCUCCAGAGGAUGAUGAGGACUGUGUCGUGGCUGUCAAGUUCUUGGGACCUCAGCUCAGCUUUUGCAAACCAGCUGGUAAGAAGAGUAAACCAGAGUGGACCAACAUCAAGAUCAAAAACCCUUGCUUCUACUCCUCCCGUGUCAUGUUCUCCAAGAAAGAUAACAUGUUUCGUAUGCCCGGAUCUGGAGGCCACCUCAUCGGGUCAUGGGACCCAUGCAGCAAUCCCAGCGAUGACCCUAAGCUUCAGUGCGUGCGAUUUACAGACAUUCCCAAGCUGGCUAACGAUGAACAGAACCUUAUAGAUUCGUGCAGCAAGAGCGAGCACUUGGUGGAGUCACGACCCACUGGUGAGACGUUCUUGGUUAAGCAGUACAAGAAGAUAGCUGAGAACGAGGAAGGUGCUGCCAUAAUGAAAACAGAAUUUUUAAUGGUGUACAAACUCGACGAUGAAGGAAACGCAAUUCGCACACAAGACAUGGGAGGUCUCGUCAUGUUCAUCUCAAUGUCUGAACCUUUCUGUGUCCCUUCUACUUCCUUCCCUGGGAUGUAUACUAACAACGUUUACAUCUUGGAUUAUGAUGAACACGGAUAUGUGGAUCUGGCUCGCACCCCUUUCGACAUCGUUAGUGCAGAAGGUCCACUUUAUUCCCCUUAUCAUAUUCCCCCACAAGAUAUCCGCAACUAG